UUUCCGCAUAAGAUAACUGUGUCAAUCUUUUUUUUAAAAAAAAUAAUUUGAAGUGCAGAUUUUGAUUGCGUCAAUUGAAUUCAAAGAUAGUAAAUAAAUCACGUUGCAAGAAAUAAUGUCGAGAUACAUAAAAUAUAUAUCUCAUUAGGGAUCAAUAGAAAUUUCUUUUCAUCUAAGAAUAGAUUUGUUUUUAUUCCUCUUCCUCAUAUCUCAUUCUCAAUUACAGUUUUCUUGUGUUUUCAAGUUGAUGGCUUUCUUAAUCAAACAGUUUGUUUCAAUAAAUGUAUUUCACAAGAAUAAAGAUAAAAAUUUAAAAUCUGUUUUUCAAAUAUGUGGAAGCGUAAUAACAACUUUUGAAAGAUCGAGUCGAAUAUGCACGAAUACAUGAAAUCGAAACUAAUUCGCGGCACAGUGUUGUGCUUAGCUAUGGGUAUCUUUUUAUUGGAUUCACAUGUGGAUGCUUCAGCUGUAAAAUCUAGAAGCAGUUCUAAAGAAAGUUCCAAAGAAAGUAAUAAUGAUUCAUUCAAGUGUCCAUGCUUCGUGGGAAUUUUACCUCAUCCAAAUGACUGUUCCAAGUACUACAUAUGCGCUUUCUUUAUUCCACGUUUGCAAACAUGUGGAAAGAAUUUUCUUUUUGACGGAGUCCAUGAUUGCAAACUUGACGGAAAGUGCAAACCGGAGGAGGAAGUGAACUGUGGAUCAAGGAAAAGACCGACAAAUGACAAAAUGACGACGGAUGGGAUAGUUGAAACCACAACUCCUAAAGAUGCUCCAUUCCAGUGUCCAAGCUUCGGGGGAUAUUUUCCUGAUCCAAAUGACUGUUCCAAAUACUACCAAUGCACUUUCUUUUCUCCAAGAUUGAGAACAUGUAGAAAUAAUUUUCUUUUUGACGGAGUCAAAAAACAGUGUAAACCAGGCGGGGAAGUGAAUUGUGGAUCAAGAAAAAGACCGACAAAUGACAAAAUGACGACGAAUGGUAUAAUUGGAACCAGAACUCCUAAAGAUGUUCCAUUCCAGUGUCCAAGCUUCGGGGGAUAUUUUCCUGAUCCAAAUGACUGUUCCAAAUACUACCAAUGCACUUUCUUUUCUCCAAGAUUGAGAACAUGUAGAAAUAAUUUUCUUUUUGACGGAGUCAAAAAACAGUGUAAACCAGGCGGGGAAGUGAAUUGUGGAUCAAGAAAAAGACCGACAAGUGAAACCACAGUCGGUACAACUCCUAUACCAACAACACCAGAACCUACAACAACUACCUCACAGCCAACAACCACUCCACCUACAACUGCACAGCCUACCACCACCCCGCCUACCACUACACAGCCAACCACCACUCCGCCCACCACCACACAACCAACCACCACUCCACCCACCACUACACAGCCAACCACCACCCCACCCACGACUGCACAGCCAACCACUCCAACUCCAAAACCAACUGGGCCACCUGAAACAGAUUGUGAUGAGGAUGAUUUGGAUUGCAUCAUUAAAGAAACUGGUGAUAUUUCUGCAUGGUUUGAAUGCCCAGAAGCAAUUGGAGCCUAUCGCCAUCCAAGUAGCAAUAAGCUCUUCAUUUUCUGUAAGAAUUGGAAGCCCCUUGUGAAGAAGUGUGGUCAGAAAUCAAUAUAUUCUGAACAAAUGAGAACUUGCAUUACGCCAUAAGAUGAAGAGAAAAAAAAUGUUAAUUUGAUUUUUAAUUUGAUUUUA